GCCCCACCUCCUCCGCCCGGCGAGAGGCGGUGGCUGCGGCCGUCACGUGUGCUGGCAGCCGCCAAGUGAGGCCGCUUUUGCGACGCGGUGACAGCCAAAUGGUGCGACAGGAGGAGCUGCAGCCGCGGCCGCUGCGCCCCGCACGGAGAGGGUUGAGGCGGCUCCUGGCGUCGCCCGGAGGGAGCGACUAAGCGAACCGUCCGGCGCCGGCGGCGGCGGGCAGGCGGGCGGCGAGAGGGAGCCCGCUACGAGUGCCCUCGCUCCCCGCCGCUCUCGAUGAACCCGGCGGAAUAAGCCGCGCCUCCAGCAGGGGCUGCGCCUGCCAUGAAUCCCUAGGUUUUUUUUCCUUUCUCUCCCUGCUCCUCACCCCCACCCCGAGUCCCGUCCCGCCUUCUCCCGUCGCCAGCGGCGGCCGCGUCCAGGUGCGGAGUCCAGAGCGCAGCGCAAUGGCGUCCAACCCCGAACGGGGGGAUAUUCUGCUCACGGAGCUGCAGGGGGAUACCCGAAGUCUUCCAUUUUCUGAGAAUGUGAGUGCUGUUGAAAAUUUAGACUUUUCAGAUACCAUGGUUCAACAGAAAUUGGAUGAUAUCAAAGAUCGAAUCAAAAGAGAAAUAAGGAAAGAACUGAAAAUCAAAGAAGGAGCUGAAAAUCUAAGGAAAGUUACAACAGAUAAAAAAAAUUUGGCUUAUGUGGACAACAUUUUGAAAAAAUCAAAUAAAAAAUUAGAAGAACUACAUCACAAGCUACAGGAAUUAAAUGCACAUAUUGUUGUAUCAGAUCCAGAAGAUGUUACAGAUUGCCCAAGAACUCCAGAUACUCCAAAUAGUGACCCUCGAUGUUCUACUAGCAACAAUAGAUUGAUGGCCUUACAAAAACAAUUGGAUAUAGAACUUAAAGUAAAACAAGGUGCAGAGAACAUGAUACAGAUGUAUUCAAAUGGAUCUUCAAAGGAUCGGAAGCUCCAUGGUACAGCUCAGCAACUACUUCAGGACAGCAAGACCAAAAUAGAAGUCAUACGAAUGCAGAUUCUACAGGCAGUCCAGACCAAUGAAUUGGCUUUUGAUAACGCAAAACCUGUGAUAAGUCCUCUUGAACUUCGGAUGGAAGAAUUAAGGCAUCAUUUUAGGAUAGAGUUUGCAGUAGCAGAAGGUGCAAAGAACGUAAUGAAAUUACUUGGCUCAGGAAAAGUAACAGACAGAAAAGCACUUUCAGAAGCGCAAGCAAGAUUUAAUGAAUCAAGUCAGAAGUUGGACCUUUUAAAGUAUUCAUUAGAGCAGAGAUUAAAUGAACUCCCCAAGAAUCAUCCCAAAAGCAGUAUUAUUAUUGAGGAGCUUUCGCUUGUUGCAUCACCAACACUAAGUCCACGUCAAAGUAUGAUAUCUACACAAAACCAAUAUAGUACACUAUCCAAACCAGCAGCAUUAACAGGUACUUUGGAAGUUCGUCUUAUGGGCUGCCAAGAUAUCCUAGAGAAUGUUCCUGGACGGUCAAAAGCAACAUCAGUUGCGCUACCUGGUUGGAGUCCAAGUGAAACCAGAUCAUCUUUCAUGAGCAGAACGAGUAAAAGUAAAAGCGGAAGUAGUCGAAAUCUUCUAAAAACCGAUGACUUGUCCAAUGACAUCUGUGCUGUUUUGAAGCUAGAUAAUACUGUGGUUGGUCAAACUAGCUGGAAACCCAUUUCCAAUCAGUCUUGGGACCAGAAGUUUACACUGGAACUAGAUAGGUCACGUGAGCUGGAAAUUUCAGUUUAUUGGCGUGAUUGGCGAUCUCUGUGUGCUGUAAAAUUUCUGAGGUUAGAAGAUUUUUUAGACAACCAGCGGCAUGGCAUGUGUCUCUAUUUGGAACCACAGGGUACUUUAUUUGCAGAGGUUACCUUUUUUAAUCCAGUUAUUGAAAGAAGACCAAAACUUCAAAGACAAAAGAAAAUUUUUUCGAAACAACAAGGCAAAACAUUUCUCAGAGCUCCUCAAAUGAAUAUUAAUAUUGCCACUUGGGGAAGGCUAGUGAGAAGAGCUAUUCCUACAGUGAAUCAUUCUGGCACCUUUAGCCCUCAAGCUUCUGUGCCUACUACAGUGCCAGUGGUUGAUGUACGCAUCCCUCAGCUAGCACCUCCAGCUAGUGAUUCUACAGUAACAAAAUUGGACUUCGAUCUUGAGCCUGAACCUCCUCCAGCCCCACCACGUGCUUCUUCCCUUGGAGAAAUAGAUGGCUCUUCUGAAUUAAGAGUUUUGGAUACACCAGGACAGGAUUCAGAAACUGUUUUUGAUAUUGAGAAUGACAGAAAUAAUAUACUUCCAAAAUCCCAGCCUGAAUAUGAGCCUGAUAUUCCUCAAUCAGGCCUAGAUUAUAGUGGUAUUCGAGAACUUGAGGAUAGAAGAUCUCAGCAAAGGUUUCAGUUUAAUCUACAAGACUUCAGAUGUUGUGCUGUUUUGGGAAGAGGACAUUUUGGAAAGGUGCUUUUGGCUGAAUAUAAACACACAAAUGAGAUGUUUGCUAUAAAAGCCUUAAAGAAAGGAGACAUUGUGGCUCGAGACGAAGUAGACAGCCUGAUGUGUGAAAAAAGAAUUUUUGAAACUGUGAAUAGUGUAAGGCAUCCCUUUUUGGUGAACCUUUUUGCAUGUUUCCAAACCAAAGAGCAUGUUUGCUUUGUAAUGGAAUAUGCUGCCGGUGGGGACCUAAUGAUGCACAUUCAUACUGAUGUCUUUUCUGAACCAAGAGCUGUAUUUUAUGCUGCUUGUGUAGUUCUUGGGUUGCAAUAUUUACAUGAACACAAAAUUGUUUAUAGAGAUUUGAAAUUGGAUAAUUUACUGCUAGACACAGAGGGCUUUGUGAAAAUUGCUGAUUUUGGACUUUGCAAAGAAGGAAUGGGAUAUGGAGAUAGAACAAGCACAUUUUGUGGCACUCCUGAAUUUCUUGCCCCAGAAGUAUUAACAGAAACAUCCUAUACAAGGGCUGUAGAUUGGUGGGGCCUUGGUGUACUUAUAUAUGAAAUGCUUGUUGGUGAGUCUCCCUUUCCUGGUGAUGAUGAAGAGGAAGUUUUUGACAGUAUUGUAAAUGAUGAAGUAAGGUAUCCAAGGUUCUUAUCUACAGAAGCCAUUUCCAUAAUGAGAAGGCUGUUAAGAAGAAAUCCUGAGCGGCGCCUUGGAGCUGGUGAGAAAGAUGCAGAGGAUGUAAAAAAGCACCCAUUUUUCCGGCUAAUUGACUGGAGUGCUCUGAUGGACAAAAAAGUAAAACCACCAUUUGUGCCUACCAUAAGAGGACGAGAAGAUGUUAGUAAUUUUGAUGAUGAAUUUACCUCAGAAGCACCUAUUCUGACUCCACCCCGAGAACCAAGGAUACUUUCAGAAGAGGAGCAAGAAAUGUUUAGAGAUUUUGACUACAUUGCUGAUUGGUGUUAAGUUACUAGACACUGUGAAACCAAGCAGACUGACUCACAAGACGACCUCUUAAAAGCAACCUUCCAUUUGCUUUCUGUGCCACCAGUAGCUUCUGAGUUGUUUUUUUAAAAACACAUGAAGAUUUGUUUAAAAGUACCAUUCUAAUACCUUCUUGAAAAGUGGCUUCUCAAUGUAUUUUCAACAUAAAUCUGAGCACUGGAAACAGUUUCAUGGAGUUUAAGCUGAAUGAACAUCGGCCAUGAAAAUCCAUCACAAAUAAAUACUUUUGGAUCAGUAGUCUAUUUUAAAAAAAGAAAAAAAAAACACCACUCUUUUAUAGUCCCUAGCUUUGCCAUAUGCCUGCCUUAAGUGGAUGGAAAAUUAAUAACUAUGUUUUACAGAAAGAAAAAAAGGGCUUGGAAUGCUAUUACUAUUCACACGAAGUAUGAUUCUGUUUGAAUAAGGCAAAUGCUCUUAUUUUUUUAAGGAAAUUACUAUAAUAUCAAAAAGUGUAGUGGCAGUGCGUGCACAUUUUUGAGCUUGAUUUUUUUAAAAACAGAAUGAAUUAAUGUCUUGUUUUAUAAAUUUUCUAUAUUUAUUAGGAGAAAACAUUUUAUUGCCUUAUCUUUACCAGCCAUGUACCAGAGCCUCAUAACUUUCCAACAGAGCUGCUUGCCAAACAAUUCUUCUGUUUAUUAAACAAUGCUGAAACAAACAGGAACAUCAGCAUUUACUUAAAAUGUUAAGAAUGAGGACUUCUGAUCAGCCUGAACCAAGAUACCUUGUUACCUGUAUGCAUUCCCAAAGUCUAGACACUCAGUCUGUUCUGUCAUAUCUUCUUCCAUAAUCAGUGAACUGAUUACCCCACUUUUUUGAUAUUCAUUCUACAUUUGUCAACCUAGUUCAUCUGUUUUUGUGUCUGCUGUAGAAGGGAACUAUAACUUUCUUGAACUAUAGGGAUUAUCAUUGUAUACAUGCUGUGAACAUGUAUAUGUGCAAGUUGUAAUGUAUUCUAUGUUGUAGGCUUAUUAUUUAACUUCACCACUUCAUCACUUUUGUACAGUGGCCAAGCAGACACCUCAAACUCCAGCAUUUACAUUAAGUGCAUUUGUAUAUUUUAGGCCACUGGAUCCAGAUUUUAUAUUGGCAGUUACCGAGGGCAAAAGCAAUAUAUUAUAACAGAAUGUAUAAAUAUUUUUGAUAAAACAGUCUAUAUUUUAUAAAAAAAUUAUUAUAACACUAAAGCUGUACCUCAAAAGUCUCAAAAAUAAUUUGAUCAAAAUACUUUUUACAACUCUUCAGAGGAUCCAUUUGUGGCUUUUUGUACUCUUAAUAGGAUGUCUUUGUAAACCGUGACUUUCCACUUGCCUAUAGCUUUUUGUUUGUCAUAUUUUUCCCUCAUAGUGCACAACUUCAUUGGUUUUUUUCUUAGUUUAAUAAUAACAUCUUUGAUCCUGUACUUAGCAUGUUAGGGUCAUUUUACCUCAGGAAUAGCAAGCUGUUAACUAACAAUUCUGAAUAAACCAUUUAAUCACAGUGAGCUCAUCUCUUAAAAAUUGUUCAAGUUUAAAUCUUAUGAAAAACGUGAAAAAGCACACUACUUUAUGGAGAGCUGAGCUAAAAACAUUUAUAAAUAUUUCAGCCUUGCUGGGAUGUGUUGGCAUGUUAUCAUUGUACUCUAAGAAUGAUUAAAAUUAUCCAGAGAUGAUUCAUACUACCUUCCAAAUUGGUUAUUACUCAAGAUCCUUUGGGAGAAAAUCUUGCAGAAAGAGGGAACAAUAUGUUGUUCAAAGUUAUUUUGAAAUGCCACUUAACUUCCUCGGCAAAGGGCAAUAGAGGAACUUAAUUGUCUGGCUUUAAUUUAAACAGUGUUAACACAACAUUUAAAUAAAACACUAAAUACUUUUGAGGUACAGUCCGCUGACCUUUUCUGGUUCUCAAAUAUGCAAAGAAAGCAACGUCUAAAAUAUUAGGCUUUUAACAUUGAAAACUGACAUAGCAUUUUGUAACUACACCAUGUACAGAAAUUUUUUUUAAUUGAAGUCAAUCACUAAAAAAAUUAGAGGGCAGGGUAUAUUCUCACAAUUAAGCUGAAGAAAGCACUAAUUUUUUUCUGUAGUUUUUAAAAUAUAUAUAUUUUAGAUUUAAAAUUUUAAGCUUUAUAGAGUGUACAUAUAUUUUGCUAUUACUGUAUGUGUAUGUGACUGCUCAAGCACUUUGUAAGGAAAUUAAGAUAUUUUAGAAUGGUACACUAUGCAUUUAAAUGAAAUGUGCCUUUAUGUUGUUCUAAGAAAAAAGUGUUUUGCAGUCAUACAAUUACCACAAAUGCACAAAUUAAAGUUUAAAUAGCUUGAAAUUUGUAACUUUGGUUUUCAGUAUUAUUUCCUUAUAGAAACAUCCUAUUGAUUAAACUAUGCUUUUGCUUUUCCAUGUUCAAAAUCUCAAAGAAUAAUUAACUUAGCCUUCUUGUAAGUA